AUGCCCUCGCGCGUCUUCCGGGGCUUCCCAGCUUCCAUGCCACGCUGCGCGUCUUCGCUGAGCCAACUACUCGGGCUGCAGCUGGGCGCCACGGUCAUCAUUCUAUCAUCUGACAGCGGUGGACAGCUCUGGGUCUUUGAGGGCUGGGAGAGGCAAGGAUGCGUGCAUGCGGGAGACGGGGAUGAAGCGGUGAAAGCCGACAAAUCAAGCCCACCCAAUUGCGGUGAUUUCCAGGGACCGCGCCCUGGCCAGGCCAACACGAGUGCACUGACGAUUUUCGCAGGAACAAGGGCUGCGGUGAUCAGGGACGCCGUGUGGUUCAGCGCGAAAGGACACAUCGGCGGUCACAACACACCUAUACAAUCGCGAGACGCGACGGUAGUUGGCCGGCCCAGCCCACGAGGGUCGUCUGGGCCAAUACGGAAAUACGGACAUGAGACCCAGCGCGCAGAUGGCUCAGCGGACGGCUCCUCGGCACGCGUCCCCUCUCUGAGCCCUAGACACGAAGAGGGCUGGGAGGUGGGGUGCUGGAGUAUUUCCCUCCGCGAGAUGCGCGAGAUGCUGUCUCGUCGCGAAAUAGACUCCAAUUGA